AGUCUCCCUUCGUUAAGGGGCGCGGGUCAGAACGCCAAAGGCAGAGAGGUUCCCAUGGGCAGCCUGGAGCUGGUCUUGUGCACAGUUCCUCAGCGAGUGACCGUCUCUCCUCCGCCACCCGAACUUCAACCCUGACCCCCCCAAGAGCGGCACUGCACAAUCUACGGUUUAACCUGUGCCAUUUCAACACCAUCACCAAGUACCCGCAAAUGGGUCGCCAAUGAAUGAGCAGCAGGCUGGGAGGAGAGAGACAGCCACCAGCUGACCCCCAGCAGAGGAAAACUGAGCAAGGAUGCCCGGGGCGGGGCGGCCUGGGGGGGAAGGCGGUGGCGACCAGAGCCACGUCCCCCGCUGGAGCCACGUCCCCGCGCGCUCCGCAGGACGCGCAGCCCGCAGCCCAUCCUCCUCCCGGCCCGGCGCUCACCGCUCGCAGCCGGUGCUCGCACGCCGGGGGCGCUCGCUGGGCGCGGAGGACCCGGGGGACUGGGCCCGGGAGCUGCAAACUUUGCGCGGCUCUUGCCCGCAGAGGUAACCUCUCCGCCCCAGGCCGCAGUCCGGGCGCCGCAGCGGGCCGGGCUCCGGGCGGCUCCGGCGGCGCCGAGGGCGGGGUCUCCGGCCGGCGGAGCCCCGGGCAGCGCGCAGCUCUGUUUACCGCGGGCCCGCCCUCCUCCCCAGCCCGCGCCCUGCGCGCUCCUGACAUCAUUCAUUCUCGCACUCUCGCCAGCCCUCUGCUGCUCCCAAGCUGUGACUCACCCCGGGCCCCGAGGCUCCCGCGACUCCGAGCCGACCGAGUCUCUCCGGACGCCUAGCCAAGCUCGAAAAACCGGUGAAUUGAGUCCUGGCAAGGAUGAGAAACCGGAACCAGAAUGACCACUGAAAGAAUGACUCUCUACUUAAAUGGACCUGUGCGUUUCUGUUGGCCUUGGGAGCACAAGUGUCCAUAUGUGUCUCCCCACCCCCCCGCCGCACCCCCGGUGAUCUCACCAAUUAGGUUGCAGGAAGGGUUGGUUGUUUCUGUCUAAAAAUGGCCAAGGCUCUGCAUUUCCUUGGAGUCCUUUCCACACCUUGUGACAGUUUUCAGUCAACCAUGGUGGUCUUGGAGGGGGUAACUAGGCAUCCAGGCAACUGGCUAAACCUCCAAUGAAUUUAAUUGAUAGAAA